AUUAAAAGAAUUUCUCAGCUUUCUAUAUUUUGAAAAACCGCAAUUUAAAAUGGUAAAUAAAAGUGAAAUAACACAAACCCUUCCUACAAAUUUAAAUAUAUAUGAAGUUGCAUUUAAGGGAGAUGAAAAUUACUUGAAAGAGUUGCUAAACAAAGAUGAAUUAGCUCUCGAUCGAUGCAUCAUUGCAAAAUCAUGCACCUACAUGCAAUCUCCAUUGCAUAUAGCCGUUGAAAUGAAUCACUUAAAAUUCCUACAAGAAAUUCUAAAAUUAAAGCCAAAACUAGCCGAGGUGGUUGAUCAAAUAAAAAGAUCAACACCACUACACAUUGCAGCUGCACAAAAAGGGUCGUUACCAAUUGUCCAGGAGUUGCUCAAAGUGAAGCCAAACAUGUGUUUCGUGCACGAUCAAGAUGGAAUGACGCCCCUUCAUGUCGCGGCUGUAAAUGGUAACACUCAAGUGCUUAUAGAGUUUAUCGAGAAGAAGCGUCAGGCUGCAUUGGAACGAACUGCGAGAGGUGAAACUAUUUUACAUUUGUGCGUCAAAAAUUGUCAACUAGAGACUCUUAAAGCAUUGGUUGAAAUUACGUAUGAUCUUGAGUUACGUAACUCCCAGGAUAGUGAUGGCAAUACUGUCUUGCACCUUGCUGUGGCUUACAAAGAAACCGAGAUGGUAAGAUUUCUACUAGAGCAAGGUGACAAGAUAGAUAAUAAUGUUAUGAACAAGAAAGACAAAACAAUAAUGGAUAUUUACGACCUGACAAAAAUUAGGAAGGAUAAAAAAUACGAUGAGAAUAAAUUAAAAACAAGUUGUUGGGAAACUAUUUUAAGAAAAUUAGGGAGAAAAACAGAGGAUGAAUCAACAGAAGGUGAAGUAGCAGAUAAGGAAAUUAAGAAAUUACUUAAAGGACACAACACAUUACGAGCUGAAAAGGUGCUGAAGCGUAGCAAAGACGAAAAAUGGUUGGAGGAGCAGAACACAGCUCUAAUGGUUGUGGCAUCUUGUAUUGCAACCUUGUCAUUCCAAGUCGGAAUUAAUCCACCCGGAAGCGUUUGGCAGGAUAACAGUAAUGGUCAUGAGGCAGGCACUUCCAUAAUGUCAUACGAUAAAGAUGUAGGUUUAUACAAUGUCGUACAAGUUAGCAACACUAUCGGACUUAUGUCAUCCCUAAGUGUCAUCCUCCUCCUUAUUAGCGGCCUUCCUUGCAAGCGAUAUUUUGUGUUCAUUUUGAGGGUUACUUUGUGGAUUGCUGUAACCGCGAGUGCAGCUACUUACUUUUUCACGAUAGGGUACCUCACAAAUGAGCUUUGGGACAAAGCUGCCUUGGUUGAAGCUAUGGAGUAUUCCGUCGAGAUUUGGCUAUGGCUCAUGUUAGUGAUACUCUUUGGACAUGGUUUGCGCUUCAUAUGGAUGUGUCUCGGUCAUAAGUUGAGGUUAAGAGUUAAAAAACUUUUGGGAGCUGAAGAUUUUUGUUAAUAUGUUUAAUUCAUCGACCACACUUUACAACAAGGCAUGCUUAAUAUGUUAAUAUGUUUAAUUCAUUGAUCGCUUAUGUUGAUACGUUUAGUCCAAUAAGGCAUGCUUAAUUUUUAAAUAAAAUGUACCAUUGUGUGUGUUUUCAUAUAGAAUUCACAAUGUACUUGGUUAUAAAAUGUUUAAUGUGUGUUUUCAAAUGUACCAUUCGUAUUUGCGAAGAUUUACAUAAUCUUGCAAUUGCAACCUUGGAGAUUUUUAUUCACC